CAUUGUUUUGUUUCUUCACCAAAACACAAAGAUUGUCUCCAUUUUCAAGUUUGGAAAAUUUGUCUGACAUUCGACGUGUUAUUCUGCUAUUGGAACUCAACAGGAAGCAUUCGGGAGGGAUGGAUCCAAUUAUUGACUGGCAAAUUUCGCGCCAUGACAUCAAAUCUCGGGGACAAUACCUGCUAGAGACAGGUAAAUGGGCCGAUUGUCACUUCUUGGUUGGGCAGGAACCAAACCAUCAAAUGCUAGCUGGACACAAGCUGAUUCUUGCGAUGGCGUCCCCAGUAUUCGAGGCAAUGUUUUACGGUGGACUUGCCGAAAAGAACGAUCCGAUUCCUAUUUUGGAUCUCGAUCCUUCCGCAUUCAAGUCAUUGUUGGAGUAUAUUUACACUGAUAAAAUUAGCAUCAACUCUGUAGAUAAAGCGUGCGAGCUUUGCUAUGGAGCUAAAAAAUAUAUGCUUCCCCAUGUUGUGGAACAAUGUAUCACUUUUCUAUGGUCGGAUCUCUGUCCUAAGAACGUCUGUCGAGCGUAUGAAUUUGCGAAACUGUUUGAAGAACCUCGUUUGAUGGAAAAGUGUUUGCAAAUCAUGUGUACGAAAACAAUCGAUGUAGUGCAGGACACUAGCUUCGAAGAUGUUGAACUCAGUACCAUUAUUACGAUUCUCGAUCAAGACGUUCUCAACAUUGAUUCUGAGUUAAAUCUGUUCUGGGCAAUAAAUAAAUAUGCCGAAAAGCAUGGUUUAUGCGCCAGUCGGAAUCUCGAUGCGAACCAGUCAGGAAUUGACCAAGAUCAGGCAAUUUCUCCUCAAUCACCUCCGACGGUGGACGUGGAGGCUAGUUCUUCGAACAUGCAACGCAACAACAAUCAAAAUAAUGUUGGUGGAAAUACCGACCAACAAGCAGGACCACCAGUACCGAUGGGAAACGCAGGACGCCAGCAAGAGUUGCCAACGAUUCGUGACGCUAUCCGUCGGAUUCGAUUCCUUUCUUUGAAUCCGCAGCAAUUCGCCGAAGGACCAGCUAGAACAAAUCUGUUGACACAAUCAGAAGCAUUUGCUAUCUUGAUGAACAUUUCGACAGUCAAUAGUUGCUAUCCGAUGCCAGAAGGAUUUACUACCAAUAAAUCCCCGAGAAAUGCAUUCUGCGAUUCUUCCCCGUCAAGUCCGGUGGCCGGGCCAAGCGGAAAUCCACCGACCCUAGGACAUCGUUCAGGAUCGUCUGCCGCACCCAGUGGACUCUUCACACAACAUGUUCCGCCACCACAACCAGCUCCUAUUCCGCUUCAAACAGUUCCAGCGCCAGCACCAGCUCCGGUUCCACAGGCACAUCCGGAAAAUCCAGACAGUCCCUUCUAUUCCAACUAUCUCGAUGAAAUGCGCAACAAUGAUUCGAACUACGAUCGCAAAUAUUACUGUCGCCGAAUAAUGCGUCAGCAGACUGAAUGUUUGAACACCUCGGUUCUAGACUGUUCGCUGACGUUUAUAGUGGAUCGUUCAGUAUGCAUCACUGGCAUUGAAGUCCCGACACAGGUGCAGGGAUCAUCUAUCGUCGGAAAUGAUCGUUACUCAGAGCUUCUGUAUGCUCAUUUGCUCGACGCACAUGGAUCACGUUUGACCUACACACACUGUAAUCAACGUGUACAGUAUAACUCGAUGCUGGAAAUCUCCUUCGAUCGUCCGGUCUUCAUUCAACGACACAAGAUGUACAAAAUUGGUGUGGUUUUCAACAAGGUCGGUUGGUAUCCGGUAAGCCAGUCGGUGGCCAAAGUUAACUGUGACAACGUUUGUUUCACUUUCUGUGUUGGAUCACAGUCGGAAUCUGUACGUGAUGGACUCAUCCGAACAAUUGUCUUUACGUAUCCUCGCGAUGGAAUUGGUUUUCCCUAAAUAAAAUAUAUCGAUUGUAAAAUCACUUCGAACAUUUGCUUCUUCUCGUGAGAUUUGCACUGAAAAUUUAAAUUCAUACCUAACUAACAUCAUUAUACUCGAUUUAAAUAAACUACUAAACCUCUUCAAAUAUAGCUAUCAAAA